ACAAAGGUCCUCAUGCCUUUGACCAAAGACCAAGUAAUUAGGGUUCAACCUCGUGCUCUGCCAACAGAAGCCGUCGUAAACCUGCAGUCACCUUUCAUUUCUGUGCCACCUCGUGGAGCCCACUUAUGAACCAGUACGUCCCUCAGACGCUGCACUUCUAACUUCACUAAGCUGGACUUAGUAGCAUCAGCACACUGUGCUUGAAUUAGCUCUUGCUGGGAAACUGAAAAAUGUUCAGUUUUAAAUCUGGUUCUGUACACAAAGACUUGAUGCAGUGGGUUACAAGGAGUGGUUACUCUCAGCCCCACAAACAAGCGACACACUGAUCGGUGUCCUGAGAAAAGGAUGACAUCGAGGCCUGUUUUCACAGGCUGCCAUGUUAUCUUUACCUUUGAGUGAUACAAAUAUAUUUCAGUAAUAUAUCUGUACAGUAAUAACCUUUCUUGCUGCUUAAAUAACUAGACAACAGACUGUUAACUGCUCUGCAUUUUAACUGGCAACACCACCUUUCUUUAUGCAGGGGGGGUGAAGCCCAGGGACGUUUCGAUGGUGAUGAAUACAAAUCUUUUGUCCACAGCGUCCAGUAUGGAGCUGUGUCCUUCUCCUUUAGGCCUGGAAAAAGAACAUGCAACUCUCUUUACCACUGACUCCCUCCACUUCCUGCAUGAACUGAUUUCCACAUUUGAUGAGGAGGUGGACGAGAUUCUACAGCUGAGAGUGUCUAAAAAGGCCCAGCUGGAUCUCACAGGUGAUCUGCCAAGCUUCCUGGAAAGUAGCAGACAUAUCAGGAGAGACCCAGACUGGAAGGUCCUGCCCGUCCCCUCGAGGCUCCAAAAGAGACACGUAGAUAUUGGAGACUUGGCACCCUGCGAUACUGAGCGCUUCAUUAAAGCUCUUCUGUCACCAGCACAAGGCAUACAGGUGCAAUAAUGCAGCACAUAGAGCUAAAGGUUUAAUGGACACAAUUUGAGGGGGGAAUUAAAUUUAAAACAUCCUCAUGUUCCUCAUAUAUCUCAGGCUCCCGUGCUGAUGCUGCGCCCCCGUGCGUGGAACAUGGUGGAGCACAACAUGAUGGUGGAGGGGAAAGAAGCUCCCGGCCCUCUCUUUGACUUCGGGCUCCUCAUGUUUCACUGUGGAAAGGCACUGUUUGAACACAAGAGUGGACCCUUUUUCUACCUGUCCAAAGUGGAGGGCUACAUGGAGGCCAGACUCUGGAACAAAAUAUUUGUUUGGACACAGCAGAAGCUGGGUCUUCCUCUGGGCAGCAUCAAGGCCACAGUGCUGAUUGAAAACGUGUUGGCAGCCUUUGAGAUGGAGGAGAUUCUCUAUGAGCUGCAGGAGCAUUCAGCAGGACUCAACUGUGGUAUCUGGGAUUACUCAGCCUCCUUUGUCAAUAAGUUUGGUCACCUACCAGCCUUCCUGUUGCCUGACCGCCAUAAAUACGUGAACAUGGAGAAGCAUUUUCUGCGCAGCUACAUGGAUCUGUUGGUUAAGACGUGUCAUCGGCGAGGAGCAUUGGCCACUGGAGGCAUGGCUGCCCUGCUGCUGCCUGAAGACCCACUCAGUGACACCUAUAGGAGAGUGUUGGCUUCUGUCACAAGGUUGAAAUUACUAGAGAUUACUGCAGGUGUGGAUGGUUUCAUGGUAUAUGACCUAAAUUUGGUUGAGCCCAUGCAGAAACUCUUCAAGGUCCACACUGAAGGAGAUAACCAGCUCGACCAGCUCCGAAAUGACGUGACUGUAUUUCCUGAAGACUUGCUAUCCAUGCCUUCAGGAGGAGUCACGCUUAAUGGUUUGAAGUGUAACAUUGCAGUUGGUGUGCUCUUUAUUAAUGCUUGGCUAUCAGGUAAAGGCCACUUCUUCUACAGAGGCCAGGUUGAAGAUUCUGCCACAGCAGAAAUUUCUAGAUCGCAGGUGUGGCAGUGGGUCCGUCAUCAGACCCGUCUGGAGGACGAUGGCAGGGUGGUGAGCAGGCAGCUGGUGACUGACCUCACCAAGGAGCUCAUCAUGGACCUCAGUCCCCACUGUGGCUCUGUUAGACAGAGGUUACACACAGCAGCAAAAAUGUUCCAGGAGGUGAUCGCAAAGAGACAUUUUCCAGACUUCAUCACUACCUACCUGAACCAGGACCACACCUUCCUCAGCUCCCAGAACGCUGAACCCAUGCAAGCUCUGGACAAAGACCUGAGGCGAUCAAAACUGUGAAGCUGUGGCACUAUAAACCUCUGUGUGUGCUGGUGUGUUGGUGUGUUGGGGGCAUAGAUACAUCUGACAGCUCAGAUAUUUAAACCCUACCUGGGACUGUCCUUUAAUGGGUCACUGAACCACUAUUACCAGAUGUUUCAGGUCAAUUAUGAGCUAUUGAGGUCAUCAGAUGCAAGAUGUGAGUGAGGCACCUGGGAAGGGAUCUCAGGACUGUAGUGUAGGUGGCAGAUGGUGUUAUAAGCUCUGUUUAAAGAUGGCCGUUCAUUAGGUUAUCUAAGUUCUCUGUUUAUUAGAUUCCCCUUGUGUUUUCAACCCCUGUGUUAAGCCUCCUUUGUCCUUUAUGUGU